GCCGCCUCCCGUUCCGUCCGCUCCAAGUCCACUUCUCCUUUCCACCCCCAACCAAACACCCCCGCUAGAACCGCCGUCGAGGGAGAGCCUUGGCCCUUAAGCUUCGCCCUCCCUCCGCUCCCCUCCUCCUCGCCGCAAUUUCGAAUUCCCCUUACUCUAGAAAAGGAAAAUUCCGGUCUUUUCUCACUCUGUUUCUGAGUUGGCGGCGGCGGGGAUCGCGAUGGACGGCGACGCGUGGGAGGGCGGCGGCGGGCGGGCCCGGUCGUGGUACCUGAGCCGGGAGGAGAUCGAGCGCGGCUCGCCGUCGCGGCGGGACGGCGUCGGCGCGGCCAAGGAGGCCGAGCUCCGGGCCACCUACUGCUGCUUCAUCCGCGACGUCUGCACCAGGCUCCAAUUGCCGCAGAUUACAGUCGCCACCGCGAUCCUCCUCUGCCACCGGUUCUACCUCCGCCAGUCUCACGCAAAGAACGAGUGGCAGACUAUUGCAACCGUUUGCAUAUUUCUUGCUUCAAAGAUUGAAGACACACCUUGCUUACUAAAACAUGUGGUCAUUGCGGCAUAUGAAACAAUGUACCGGAAAAACCCUGAUGCUGCUAAGAGAAUCCACCAGGAGGAAGUUUUUGCGAAGCAGAAAGACUUGAUUUUGGUUGGGGAGACACUGCUGCUUUCAACUAUUAGGUUUGAUUUUAAUAUACAGCAUCCUUAUGAACCACUAAAGCUUGCACUGAAGAAUCUGGGCAUCUGCCAGAAGGAAGUGAGACAGCGUGCUAUGAGUUUCAUUAAUGAUACGCUUCCGACUACUUUAGUUGUGCAGUUCAAACCACACUUCAUAGCUGCUGGAUCGCUCUUCCAUGCAGCUAAAUUUCACAACUUCGUACUUCCUUCCCAGAAUGGUAAAGUGUGGUGGAACGAGUUUGAUGUUGCUCCAAAGCAGUUGCAAGCUGUUAUACAGCAAAUGUCCGAGUUAUUAUUUAAGAAAAGAGACCCAUGUUCCAUGGUUUCUGCUAACAAGCCAGUACCAACUCCAAUUCCAACUCCAACACCAAUGGAUAAACAUCAGAUCAAGCCGCCUCCAACUCCAGCUCUGAUGGAUAAACAGACGAUUAAGCCGAUUCCAACUCCAACUCUGACAGAUAGACAACAGAAAAUAAGAACCCCGGCUCCUGCUCUGAGGCAUACACAAUCUUCAAUGAGAAGUUUUAGUAGUAGCAAUACCAAAGCUUCUAGUUGUGUAACUGUUGGCAGUUCGUUUGACAAGCUCACCAGCAGUUCGGCAAGUAAUGAAGAAAAUCGGUAUCGGUGGACUGAUGAAGAGAAUCAGUAUCGCCAGCGGACGGACAAAGAGAAUCAGUAUAGGCGGACGAAUGAACAGAAUCAGUAUAGGUGGACAGAUGAACAGAAUCAGCAUCGGCGGACUGAUGAACAGAAUCAGUAUCGCCGGCGGACGAACGAAGAGAAUCAGCAUCGGCGGACCUAUGAACAGAAUCAGCAUCGGCGGACCUAUGAAGAGAAUCAGCAUCGGCAGACCUAUGAAGAGAAUCAGCAUAGGAGGAUGAAUGAAGAGAAGCAGUGUUGGCGGGUGAAUGAAGAGAAGCAGUGUCGGCAGACGAAUGAAGAGAAUCAGUAUCGCAGGACGAAUGAAGAGAAUCAGUAUCAGCGAACACACACAAAUCAUAACUUAGUUCCUGUGGAUCAGAGGAUAGAGAAACCAUCUUACCGGGGAACUCUGAAGGUUGAUCGUGGUUACCGUGCAACAAUAAUCAUGGACUUGACCAGAAAGAAAAGAAGGAUUCAAGAGGUUGGCCGGUUCCCAGCUCCUGUUUAUAUAUCUGAUACAAAUGAUUGGAGGAUCGGAUCUUUGAAGAAACAGAAGUUAGAGAGAAGAUGAAUUAUAGAAUUACUUUGUAUUUGGUAAAGAACCAUUGGUUGUCUGCUACUGAGUAUCCUGUCUUGAAACAUAAGAUAUGGACGUUCUGUAAAUUAAUUUACUAGUGCAAAUGAAAUGCAGCCAGCUUGCACCGAAAUGCCAACAAACGGAUUUGUAUCUUAUUGGCGAUGUCAGUGCAAAUGGAUAAAAGAUGCAACUGGUUCUGGAGACGUUCAUGUCAUUUUUUUAAUUGAGGUGCAUGGCCUCGAAAACAAAUUUUGUAGAAACACGACCGAUGCCUCGGCUACCUGUAUAUAAGAUUUUGUAGCAAUGUUCAUGUGUGUAUUAUAGAUAGUUGUAUCCUCAUAGCUUGAGGUCGGUGUUUUAGUGCUGUACAUAUCUUUUUGAGAUGAGACUUGUCUACCCUGUGAAAUUCUCAAUCUGUUGCCACUUUUUA